UGGCGACGUCACUCGCUUUGCGGCGACAGUUUUCUGGCAAGUAGUUAGACGGUCACGUGUGAGAAAAGGGGCGGGGAGAAUCCUUGGAGAUUUGGUUACCUGAGUAACGUGGUCAAACAGGAGCGGAGGCUCAGGAAGAAGUGGCGGGUUCUGGGCCGUCGCAGCGAUGAUGGUUUCAAAGAGAGGCAUGACCUACGGUCAGAGGGAGAAGAUGAUGGCAGAAGCUAGGCGCCAAGAAUUUAUUCGGGAGGACCAAAUUAAGAAACUGAACCAAGAACAGCAAAUGGAAGCUUCCUUAAAGAGUGAGGAACGUGUGGAAAAGAAGCGCUUUCUAAGGAGACUGCAGGAUGAAGAACAGGAGAGAAUGGUGGAGGAAACUCUCCAGCAGGCUGAGGAAACAAAACGUCUUAAGGAGUUACAGCUAGAACAAGAAGAGAGAAUGGCACAGGAGCUGGCGAGAAUAAAGCACGAGCAACUGAAAGAUGAGAAAAUGAGGCAACAAAUACGAGAGAACAGCCUGGAGCUCCGAGAAUUGGAGCAAAAACUGAAGUCUGCCUAUCUUGCAAGGGAAAGGGCUGCACAGGUUGCUGAAAAAGAACUUCUUAAUUAUGAGAGAAUGAAACGAGAAUCUGAAAUAGCUCACAAAAUGAAGGAGGAACAUGAAAGAGCUUCAGAAGAAGAGCUGGUCAAGGAAACAAGGCGUUACCAGGAGAAGCUGCGUUACCAGAGAGAGCUAGAAACACAGCUUGAAGAUAAAGAGAAGAAGAGGCAGGAGGCUUAUCAAGAAUUCCUAAGGGAGAAGAUCCUGGUUGAUGAAAUUGUGAGAAAGAUUUAUGAAGAAGAUCAAACAGAAAGACAGUUGAAACUAGAAAAAUUGAAUGCCACAAGGAGAUACAUAGAGGAAUUUAUGGAGCAGCAGGACACCUGGAGAAGAAUGGAGAAGGAGAAGAUGGAGGAAGAGAACAGAAGGAUCUUGACUUUUGCUAAUAUGCAGCAGAGGCGAGAGGAGGACCGCAUGGCACAAGUUAGAGAGCGCGAUGAGAAGAAAAAGGCUCUUCAGGACAUGCUUGCAGAACAUAUCCAGAGAGAACAGCAACAGAGAGAAGAGCUUGAACAGAUGCGUGAAGAACUGUACCUGGAAGAACAAGCAGAGGAGGCCAGACAGAGGGGAAUUGCAGAGAUGGAGAAGAAAAUUCGUCAGCGGCUUGAAUUGCAGCGUACUUUUGAGGAGCAAAUGGGUUUUAAGCAAAUUGUUCAACAAGCAGCAAAAGAGGAGGAAGAAGCUUUCAGGCGAGCCAUGCUUGCAAAGUUUGCUGAGGAUGAUCGGAUAGAGCAGAUGAAUGCUCAGAAGAGGAGGAUGAAACAGCUCGAGCACAAGCGAGCAGUGGAGAAAUUGCUGGAGGAUCGACGCAAACAGUUCAUUGCCGAUAAAGAACGUGAGCUCCAAGAAAGAGAGGAGGAGGAGAAGAGAGAAGCAUUUUGUCGGGCUAUCAUUGAAGAAGAGAGACAGAAACUUCUCAAAGAACAUGCCUCACAGCUACUGGGGUAUCUCCCAAAAGGUAUAUUUAAAAAUCAAGAAGACCUCGAAAUGUUUGAUGAGAAUUUUCGGAAAACUUUUCAGAAACGUAGUGUGGACAUGUUCUCUGAUGGGGGCUGGGAUUCCUAAAUGAUGAGAAUUGCCGUUUUACUUUAAGGUGGCACUCAGUCUCACUUUGAGCCUAGAAAUAUUUAAUUUAUAAAUGUAUAAUACUGGUAGCAGUUGAUUUGAAAAUUACUAAUGGGGGUUGCCCAGGCACUGAAACUUUUUAAAGAGUCUCAGUUCGGCAUAAAACAAGGGAUAGGUAACUUACCAUUGCAGUGCUUAGCAGGUCCCCACUGGAUCCAUCUCAUCAUAGAGGAAAUACCUACUCAGCCAAUCACUGGCUGAGGUGGGUCACUGUUGUAGUCAGUGAUUGGCUGAGAGAGCACUUCCUGCAUGCCGAGAAGGAUCGGGAAAGCUUUGGAACAGGAGCAGUGGGAGAAUAGUAUGAUGAAUAUUCCUUAUUUUAUUGUUUUACGUCAAUCUGAGCCAGGUUCUAAAUAAUUUUCAGCAGCUGGAACUCCCCCUCCCCCAUGAAUAUCACACAACUCUGACAAUAUGUUAAAGUGUAAGUGUUUUUGUUGUUGAGUUCUUAAAACAUGAUAAAUCAAUAAAACAAUA